AUGCCUGCUCUGCCCAAGGGAAAGAACGCCGUGCUCGCCAAGCACGACGACGACGUCGUCAUCGUCUCGGCGCUGCGCACGCCCAUCACCAAGGCCAAGAAGGGCGGCCUCGCCCAGGCGUGCCCCGAGGAGCUGCUCGGCAACGCCAUCAAGGGCGUGCUGGCGCAGUCCAAGCUCGACCCCAAGCUCGUCGAGGAUGUCGCCGUCGGCAACGUGCUCCCGCCCGGCGGCGGCGCAACUGUUGCGCGCAUGGGUGCCCUCUGGGCCGGCCUGCCCAACACGACGGCUGUGAACACGCUCAACCGCCAGUGCUCGUCCGGCCUCGCCACCUGCAACCAGAUCGCCAACCAGAUUGCCAUGGGCCAGAUCGACAUCGGCAUCGGUGCCGGUGUUGAGAGCAUGACGAUGGGCUACGGCGCCGGUGUCAUGCCCGAGAAGAUGUCCGACACUGUCAUGGAGAACGAGGAGGCCGCCGACUGCCUGAUGCCCAUGGGCAUCACGUCCGAGAACGUCGCCAAGCAGUUCGGCGUCUCGCGCGAGAAGCAGGACAAGUUCGCUGCCGAGUCGUACGCCAAGGCUGUGGCCGCGCAGAAGGCGGGCAAGUUCAAGAGCGAGAUCGUCACGGUCACGUACCGGGAUGACGAGGGCAACGAGCGCAGCAUCUCGUCCGACGACGGCAUCCGCGAGGGCGUCACGGCCGAGUCGCUGGCUAAGCUGAAGCCGGCGUUCGACAAGAACGGCUCGACGCACGCCGGCAACGCCUCGCAGAUCUCCGACGGCGCCGCCGCCGUGCUGCUGGCGCGCCGCUCGGUCGCCAAGAAGCUCGGCCUGCCGAUCAUCGGCAAGUUCGUCACGGCUGCCGCCGUCGGUGUCGCGCCCAACGUCAUGGGCAUCGGCCCGGCCUUUGCCAUCCCCAAGGUGCUCGAGCUCACGGGUCUGAGCAAGGACGACAUUGAGAUCUACGAGAUCAACGAGGCCUUCGCCUCGCAGGCCGUGUAUUCGGUCGAGAAGCUCGGCCUCGACCCCAAGAAGGUCAACCCCGUCGGCGGUGCCAUUGCCAUGGGCCACCCGCUCGGCUGCACGGGCGCGCGCCAGAUCGCCACGGCGCUCGCACAGGCCAAGCGCGAGAAGCAGCAGCUCAUCGUCACGAGCAUGUGUGUCGGCAGCGGCAUGGGCAUGGCCUCGGUCAUCGUCUCGGAGCAGUAG